AUGGAAGAUGGCAUCGAGUGUGGCUGGGUGGAUAAGGUGGGGAUACUCGAACUCGUGCGGCAUGACAGCGCGGGUGUCCGGGAUGGCGAUGGUCCCUACACCGACAAUCUAGGGCGAGUGACCUAUCUUACAAACGACCCGGACAUCACUGCACUCGCCUUUCGCGACGGAGAGUACUUCACCAAGGCCCCAUCCGCUCCGAGCCACCCUCUGUUUGGGAUCCGAGAUGAAACAGCCCUCUUCUGCGAUACGGACUCGCCAGCAUGGCAGGAGGCACACAGGUUCAUUCCUCCGAGUAUGACCCCCCGGGCGGUGCGACACUACACCCCGCUGCUGCAACGAUCGGUGGAGAAGGCGUUCCUGGUUCUCGACACGUUCGACGAGAACGGAGAGGCACUCAAUGUGUACCAUCUGACGGCAAAGCUCGCGUCGCAGGUCAUCUGUCAGUUGGUGCUGGGAGUGGACCUUCACCAUUUCGACGCCGUCGACAGUCCUAUGCAUCGAAUCAUCGUCCUGCUUCAGCAGUAUUUGACCCUCAACCGCCGCGUGCAAACCAAAGGCGCCUGGUACUCAUACCUUCCGUUUGGUGACCCGGUCGCUCUGAAAAACACUCGAAAGGAGCUCUACGGUCUGAUCGAGCAAGCUGUUCUGGCCUGCCGAAACCACAACGGAACAACAGACGACCUCCCCAUCCAGACCGCUGCGCUCCAUGCCGCCUGUCUGGUGGAUUACCUGGCGCGCGCCACCGACGAACGCGGCUGCAAGCUCCGCCAUGAGUACAUCCUCAGCAACACGCUUGCGCUGGUCGGUGCGGGCUUCGUCACCAGUUCCUCCUUUCUAGCGUGGCUCAUCUACUCUCUGGUGACCUACCCCGGGCAACAGGACCGUCUACUCCAGGAGCUGGUCAACCACGGUGCCACCCUUGACAAGAACUGGAGCUACGAUGAGAUCCAGGCAAUGCCGUUCCUCGACGCCUUUGUGAAGGAGACGCAGCGUAUGCACAGCCCAUCCUUCCAGCCCGCCCGCAACGUCAAGAAAGACGUCGUUCUCCCCGGCGGAUGGGCGCUUCCGCAAGGCUCCAUCCUCAUCCCGAGCAUCCCGCACCUCCACCGGCACGCGGCAUACUGGGGGAACGCGGAUCGUUUCGACGCAGACCGAUGGGCGACUGAGGGAGUCAGCAAUCGGCACCGGAGCGUGUAUGUGCCUUUUGCGGCGGGGGCGCGUGGUUGCAUUGGGUUCAACGUGGCUUUGCAGGAAGUGAAGGUGGCGUUGGCGGAGCUGGUCUAUCGCUACGAGUUUGUGAACGCUCCGGACGAGGCUAUCGAGUAUGAUCCGGACUUCAUUGUGAUACGGCCGUUGAACUUCCACGUCCGGGCCAUUCGACGGUCUAGCUGGCCGGCAAGAUCGACUGCUUAG